AUGAUGUCGCUGUUGCCACUGCGAUUGCCCUAUCGCAAUCAAAAAGUUGCUGGCGAAAAGGCCGCAAAAGCGGAGGUAGAAGCGAAGGACACUGAGGCGCCCAGCCUCACGGAGUUGACCCGUCGCGUGAAAUCCGCAGUCUCAAUGUACCAUAACGUUCUCUCCACCACUCAACUUGUCCGACUUUCCAACUCUGAUGACACCCCUCCUCAUCGGGCCUGCAGAACUGCCGAGGCGCAACUGGCUCAUCAAUCGGAACGCCUACUGCAGGCUAAGCGUGAACUUCAAAAGGCUCAAGACGAUCUUCUUGCUUACGUGAAAUCAAAACCGGGUUGCGGCGUAGUAAAAACUGAUCUGGCCACUUUUGCGUCACUACGAACGGUGCAUAAGUUGGAUUUGAAGGACUCACCAGAUGCGCGUCGUCUUUUGGCACGCAUCACAGUUCCACGCGACUUCGAUUCUGCCACUGUAGGUGGAGACUCUGUGACAAUAAGUCAAGCCAUCCACGUCUCUUCCAAUCAACUGCGAGCCCUCAUCUCUGCCUUCCUACCCACGCCAAAUUGA